UCCGUCUAGUGGUCCGAAUCCGUCUAUUAUUUUUUGGUAAUGGGCUUUGUGGCUUAGUUGGUAGUGAUCUAGACUUGACUGGGUGUGGGUUAAGGGUUCGAAUCCGUCUAGUGGGAAAUACUUUUCAUGUUAUUUUUAGAGAUUUUUUGGAUGAAAAUAUGACUUCUGCUCAUCUCCCUUCUAUUUUAAUAUUUUUUUCUAUCUUACAAACUCCUUGUUUCCCCUUUAACUUCUAUUUUAAGGCCAAACGUCGAAAAUUAAUCGAAGAAGAAGAAAAGGCAAAAUUAGAAGGAUUGAUCUCAUCUGAUGAUUCAGACCCCGAUGCAGACUCUUACAUUUCAGCUAGACAGAGGAGAAGAGAACAGGAGCACAGACGUCUUUUGCUGAGGAAUUUAAUUCAUUCAAAAGUAACAGAAGCACAAGCAGAUAAAGACUUGCAAAGAGAAACUGAAGAAUUUUUGGCUGCAAAGCGAAGAAAAAAGGAAGAGGAGAAGAAAUUGGAGGAAUCUAAGAAAAGUUUGCUGGAAAAACAUAAUGAAUUGCUUCAACAAGAGCAAGACGAUGAUCGAGAAGAUGACGAAAAGAGACGGGAAGAGGAAGACAAAAUUCUUCAAAGUGUUACGCAAACAAGUGCUCUUGCUACGGUCGCAGAAAUUGCAAAAGGUGUUAAAUACACAGAAUCUAUAAAAACAUCUUGGAGGCCACCUAGACACAUUCGCAACCAAACAGAAGAUGACUGGGACAAAUUUAGAAGGGAAAAAGGAAUUCAAGUUGAGGGGGAAGAUUGUCCACCAGCUAUCGGAAGUUUUUUGGUUCGUUUUUUAUUUUUGCAAGGAAGGUAUCAUCUUUCUUUAAGGCUGGUCCUAUGGGGGAAAUUGUUUUCAGUAAUCUCCAAAAUAUUUUUCAUUGACCAAAUAAAUGAUUUUCAAGAUCUUUAUCAAAAGAAAUUUCUGUGA